AUGCGAGUCUACUGGCACAGCGAUUCCUUGUUGCAUGACCCGCCACAUGAAAUCUUAUCAGGACGGCUCGUGACAUAUCUCGAGAGCCCGGACCGUGUCAAGGCGAUUGAGGGUGCGCUGGAGCAGAGCGACGCCUUCGAGGUCAUUGCGGCCGAGAACGACUGGCCAGAGGACAUCAAAGAUUACAUUCUAGCGGUACACUCAAAGGAGUAUGUCGAGUAUCUAGAAAAUAUAUACAGCGAAUGGACUGCCAUCGGAGGCGAUAAGAGCGCAGUGUUUCCGGAGACAUUUCAGCAUCGUUCUAUGCAAUCAUUUGGGCCAAGAAAUACCAACAGCAUGUCUCCGUUAGCGAAACCAGGGGUCUACUGUUUCGACCUGAGCUGCCCUAUAACCUCCCAUACCUACCGAGCUGCUAUCGCGUCCGUCAGAAUCACCCUUUCGGCUGCGCGAUAUCUCGCUACCGCUAGGAACGGGUCCCCACAUUUCGGCGUUUUUGCACUAGCUCGGCCGCCAGGACAUCACACCCAAGAUGCGCUCUGUGGUGGGUACUGCUUCCUGAACAACGCUGCCAUUGCCGCGAAGUAUCUGCUCGAGCACCACGGAAGCAAAUGCAUUGCAAUUCUCGAUAUCGAUUACCAUCACGGGAAUGGAACCCAACAGAUAUUCUACCAUAAUCCUCAAGUCCUGUACGUUUCUCUCCACGCUGACGGAGAUUAUCCGUAUUUCACUGGGUCUAGUGAGGAGCGCGGCUCGGGUCCAGGAUUGGGCUACAACCACAACUUACCGCUACCGCGUCAACGGACGACGGACGACCUAUAUUGCGAUACUCUUCGGAAAGCAGCUGAUAUUAUCCAGGAUCACGCAGAAGUCGACUAUCUCGUCGUCAGUCUCGGAGUUGAUACCUACUCCGAGGACCCCAUCUGCGAUUUUCUGUUGACGCAGGCUUGCU